AUGACAGUCUCUCAAGAAGACAUUGCUUAUGAGAUAUUUUCUUGGUUACCGGCAAAAACCAUUUGUAAAUUUAAAUUAACUUGCACUUCAUUCUCCAAAUUUUCAGAAGAAUUUCCUUUCAAAACAAAACAAUCUUGUAAUUUGUUAGGAACGAGUGAUACAUGUUUCUUCCUCCAACAUGAUCAAAUAAGUCAAAGAUAUCAAAAAAGGAUCGAGUUUCACCAUUUACCUAAACAGAAACAGUUUUCUGGUGUUCCUAACAAUGUUGUGACAUUCCUAUCAAGAUCAGCUUGUGUCCUAGCUUCUAGUAAUGGUUUGCUUCUUUGUCACACCAUUAGAGAUGAUCCAAUUGAAUUGUUUAUUUGCAAUCCAAUUACAAAAUCUUACUUUUUCAUUCCUACUCCAGAGUCACUUAGAAAAAGCCAUAACUUUUCUUCCAUAAAUCUUAUAUUAGAUUGUUCUCACAGCUCUCCUGAUGACUAUUUGAUAUUUCUAUUUGAAAACACAAUAGAAUGGUCAUCACCCACAAGUUAUAUAUGCAAUAUAUAUCAUGGUAAAGAAGGCGUUUGGAAAACAAUGGAGAACAAUUUUGUAAGUGGUGGUAGAAAUAUGAAAUUUGACACGCCGGUGAUUCACAAUGAAACACUUUAUUUUAUCUCGGAUUGUAAUGAUUACUUUACGAGAUUGAGUCCUUUUUAUAAGCCAUACAUAAUGUCUUAUAAUUGUGAGAAGGGAACUUCAACAAUUCUUAAGUUGCCAAGGGAAGCUAUAAAAGGUUUUCAUGCGGAGUGCAACAUGAGCAUAUUUAGUUGGGGUAAAGUGACAAGUUCCAAUAGUUCUAUAUGCCUAGUGAAACUAAGAAAGUCUACUUUUACUAUUUGGAUUUUAAAAGAUUACAAGUCAUGUGCAUGGCAAAAGAUUUUGAAAGUGAGAGUGAAUGCAUUGAGGUUAGAAGAGAAAGAUGCUCAUGUUACUGGAUUUACCGUCAUGAACGGCAAUAUUUUAGUUUUUUCUACUGAACAAAAGAUUUAUAGUUGCGGUUUGGAUGAAGAAACAUUCAUGAUGGUUGAAGAAAUAGGCUCACACAGCUGUGGAUUUAAUCCUCACUUUAUUUCUUACUCAAACACUCUUCAUCCAUGUGGGACUAAUGAUAAAACCAUGCCUUGCUAG